AUGAGAAACGGUUUUUGGGGCACGCAAGGCCAGAUGCUCUCCUGUGCCAAGCGUCCCGACCUAUCACGGAUGGACAGGAGACUCCUUCGAAACCGCCGACGUCUGGCUGGCACCAGACGAGCUGCCAAGUCCAGGCAAACUCCCCAGCCAAUGCCAUCUGGGCCCUCGAACAGGAUCGGCCACAGGAACCCGCACUGGGCAGAACAACUGGACUGCCAAGGCAGUCUAGACCGAGCGAGAAGGGAGGCAGAGUGUGCUAUCGCGGAGGACCAGUCUUCUCAGGCACCUCUGCCAGACUGUGAGCGCGGCGUGAUCAUGGCCAUGUCGAAUGGGCAAUGGGAUCGAGAGGACAGGGCACCGCGCACAUCUAGCCCAGUGCAUCAGAAGCAUGCCCAGGUUUUCGAUAACCCAAGCAAUCCAUUCCUCUGUUGUGCUUUUGUGGAGGGCAAUAUCGGGUCCAACAGUCUUGCCCGGGUGGAGAUAUUGGCAUGCCAUCCAUGA